AUGUCCGCCGCCACACCCACCACCCAAUUGAAGCCCGCCGCCACCUCCCAGAUCUCCGCCUUCCCCGCCACCCUCUCGUACCCGCCGUCCGCCUCACCCAGGAAGCCGAUCUCCGUCUCAUGCUCCUCUACCGCGCUCCAGACCCCGCCGUCCUCCGCCGCCUCCUCAUCCACGGAUCGCGUCUUCAACUUCGCCGCCGGACCCGCCACCCUCCCGGAGAACGUCCUCCUCCACGCCCAGUCCGAGCUCUACAACUGGCGCGGCUCCGGCAUGUCCGUCAUGGAGAUGAGCCACCGCGGCAAGGAGUUCCUCUCCAUCAUCCAGAAGGCCGAAUCGGACCUCCGCGCCCUCCUCUCUGUCCCGCCAGAAUACUCCGUUCUCUUCCUCCAGGGCGGCGCCACCACCCAGUUCGCCGCCAUCCCGCUCAACCUCUGCAAGCCGGACGACGUCGUCGACUACGUCGUCACCGGAUCCUGGAGCGACAAGGCCUUCAAGGAGGCCUCCAAGUACUGCAACCCUAGAUCCAUUUGGACUGGCAAAUCCGACAAGUACACCAAGAUCCCGAGCUUCGACGCACUCGACCAGACUCCCGGCGCCCGCUAUCUCCACAUCUGCGCCAACGAGACCAUCCACGGCGUCGAAUUCAAGGAUUACCCUAACCCGGCGAGCGAUAACGAGGUCCUUGUGGCCGACAUGUCCUCCAAUUUCUGCUCCAAACCCGUCGACGUCACCAAAUUCGGCCUGAUCUAUGCCGGCGCCCAGAAAAACGUCGGUCCGUCUGGCGUCACCAUCGUGAUCGUCCGAUCAGAUCUCAUUGGGAAUUCCCAGCCGAUAACUCCUGUGAUGCUCGACUACAAGAUCCACGCGGACAACAACUCCCUUUACAACACGCCCCCCUGCUAUGGCAUCUACAUGUGUGGGCUCGUUUUUGAAGACCUCGUGGCGCAGGGUGGGCUGGCCGAGGUUGAGAGGAAGAACAUGAAGAAGGCAGGCAUCCUGUACGAUGCCAUUGAUGGAAGCAAGGGGUUCUACAGGUGCCCUGUGGAGAAGGGGGUGAGGUCGUUGAUGAACGUGCCAUUUACACUAGCGAAGCCUGAGCUGGAGGCCGAGUUUGUGAAGGAGGCGGCCAAGGAGAAAAUGGUGCAGCUCAAGGGGCACAGGUCGGUUGGGGGCAUGAGGGCGUCGAUCUACAAUGCUAUGCCGCUGGCUGGGGUGGAGAAGUUGGUGGCCUUCAUGAAGGAUUUUCAGGCCAGGCACGAUGGUUGA